UAAUGGGUAAGUUAGUACUACAAAAUCUCUCUCUCUCUCUCUCUCUUUUCAUUUCAAGAGCAUCAAUGGCAAAGGCUGAGUCUAAUCUGAUCCUAUCUUCCACAUGGGAUGGAGAAAAUGGCUAUUCUUCAGGUUUUUCUGCUGAGAAGAGGCUCAAAUUAUUUGGGUUUGAGUUGAAUCCGUAUAAGCAUGAUGAGAGCAACCUGAAAGGCUCGGCAGAAGGAGAUGAAAGUGUAAAUUCUUCAUCAACAACAGUUUCAUCUGGAAGGGAGAAGAAACCAGCUUCCAAGGAGAUGAUCAGAAGCUUAGCUGGGGGCGCCCCACCAGAUGACAAAAAGUUUGAGUGCCAAUAUUGUUUCAAGGAAUUCGCAAACUCACAGGCAUUGGGAGGUCAUCAAAAUGCUCAUAAGAAGGAGAGGAUGAAGAAGAAGAGGUUGCAGCUUCAAGCCAGGAAGGCCAGCAUCAACUGUUACCUUCAACCUCUCCAAAACAACCACGGUUUUCCUAAUUCCAACGGCGCCUGCGCCGUCCCAUGGUUUUACAGUCCCUCAUCUUAUACUCCUGAGUCGUUCACACACUAUGAUAAUGAAUCUCAGAUUUGCUUCAAUCCCUUUGAUCAAGAUAAUGGGUCCCAGUUAUCAAAGUGGCAUGCCCUGCCUGCUCACAUCUCUUUCCAACAAGAUACAUGUAGCUUCACUUUAACACAAACCGACGUCGGAUCCGGAGAGAACAGGCCUGUCAUCUUUAAACCUUCCCCCUGCUUGCCUGCUUCCAAGCAAAGCUGUAAAUCUUUGGAUCUGCAAUUAGGCCUCAACAUGCAACCAAAUAUACGAAGCUCCUCUGGCGUGUAACAUAUUUCAUGCCGCCAUGUCUUCUCCAGUGGCUUAGAUUCCUUAAGACUUUCAAGAAGUUGAAAUUAAUCGUUUGAAAAUUCUUGAUUCAUGGCUGGUAAUUCUUCUCAACAGCAACGACUGCCAAUUAUAAUGCAACUCUGCCAUGAAUAUUAUAUACACCACGACAUACGUACGAAUCGGUUCAGGCUAGAUCGAGCGAAAGUACUGGCGAGACAGUAAUUAAAACCAAGCCGGCAAGCCAGGAAGUCUGACUUUCUUUGUUUUGCUUAUUGUUUUCAGUGUAUACUGCAUGUAUUCAAAGUUUAAAACUGAUUAGAAAACGUUCCUCUAGCUUGUUCUAUAUAAACAAAACCUGGAAUAUGAGAUUUUCUUGUCAAUAA